AUGAAUCUUGACAACCUGUUCGAUCACCUCCCGUACAUGGCCUACGCCUUUCGAACUUUGUCCACCGAAGAAAGGCUCAAGCUGGAACACUCGCUUCGUGUCCUGCAGCGUGCUCAACGUCUCAACAGUGUCUAUUUCCUUGGAAAGCUCGAAGGUACCGAUGCGGACUACAUCCUGGCAUUCGGCUGUACCGGACGGGACAUUUUCAAGAGCCGGAGACUGUUCUACAGUCAGAACCUUUGUGACUGGUUUUUGCUGCUGGAGCCGAAGCAUUGGAGCGACGAUUGGGACCGCAUAAGAAGCCCAUUUCGAGGAGAUCCGGCUUUCAAUCUGCAAGUGGACUUGGGACCGGAAUUUACUCUGGAUGAGGAUCAAGUUCCGAUCGAGGGUGAACGCAGGCGGUUUAUAGUGAAAGAACAGGACCGGCUGUGGUUCGCAGUGACAAAAGUACUACAAGAGGCGGCCAUCGUCCCACGUGGUGUGCUGUAUCACAGCACGGAAGGCGAUUGUGUCAUCAAUCCAUUUUUUGGUGGGAUGAAUCCGGACGAAAGCAUCAGAAUGGUGAAUUAUCAGCAUUUUCGAAAGCCUAUAAACGACGUAAGGGAGAAUCUGCUGAAGCGAGAGGAUUGCAGCUAUUUCGUGGACGUAUUUGACUCGGCGGCUGAUGGUGCGAUUCCCAAGGAGAAGAAUUUCGUUGUGACACGUGACCGAGAGAGGGAUGUUUUCGUGUUGAAAUCUUUGUACUGGCCUGGGAUGAACAACUUUCAUCGUGUGAAUUCAAGUGUUUUUGGAUUUUUCUACUUCGGUGACGGAAAUAAGAAUUGGGAUCUGCUGUUUAUGCUUUAGUGCGGUU